GGACGUGCGGUGUGCGCUGUGUCCCAGGACAUUUCGCACCUUUCUCUUGGGCGCUGUGCAGGCGGUGUACGUACUACGAGCCGUCGUCGUCGUGUACUGGUAGCCGGGGCCUUCUUGGGACCUCGCGUGCGAUCAAGUGUCGCGAGGACGCCGCAGCGCGUCCCCGAGUAGCGCCGCGCGCGCGUCUCCGGAGCGCGUGGUGCCGUCGACACGUGACAGCCUCUCUGCGGCCAGUGGCGCUCUUCGUUUGUGCGCGCGGAAAUACGGUCGCAGCUGAGGGCGGCGUCCUCCAGGCCGAAAUGGGAGGCCUCCCCCGAUGGACAGUCUUCCGCACCUGGGUCCGAGUGCUGCAAAGAUCAUGAGCUGUCUUUCUAGGCGGCGACCGUUACGCAAGCUCCUACGCGCGUACCAGCAGCCCGCCUAACCGCUGUCCACCACGUGCACUCCAUUCGGUGCUGUCCUGACCUCCGCGGAGCUCUUGAUUCCCUUGUGCGCGUACCACCUGGUGACAUGUGAUAGCGUGUGACACCUGUCCUCGUAUCUCUCGCAAUGCGCACAAUGUGCCGGGUGACGCGUGUGCUCCUGUGACAGACGGGUGCCGUCUGACGAUGUUAGACGAAGACGACGAAGCAGUCAGCAGUUUUUCCUUGUGCGUUUCUUCGGUUCGCUGACCAGUCAGCGUUUCUGAACGCCCGCACGCACAGCUUCAAUGUCACGGCGGAAGCAAUCCAACCCCAAGCCACUGAAAAGAAAAGCGGAGGAGGAGCUUGAGGAAUUGGCUGAGUCUCUGCAGCUGCCUUCAGAGGUGCUUGCCCUGCGUGAAGGCAGCGAACCAUCUCCCGAGCUGAGCAUCUACGCCCGGGUCAUGCUGCGUGGAGGCACACUCUUUGGGCCUUACGCUGCCCACCUGGUCAAAGACCCUGGCCAGUCUGUCAGUGCUGCUCAUAUCACCAUACAGAGCAAAGAGGGCAGUGCCACCUACCUGAAACUGAAGGAGGCAGCUGGUAGCUGGCUGAAGACACUGCGACUUGUCCAGGAGAAAGAAAGUGCUAAUGCAAACCUUUCUCUUGAAGGUGAUGAGGUGUGGUGCAACCUGACACGUGACAUUGCAGCAGACACAGAGCUCCUGGCUCAUUUCACUGCAUCUCCACGAAACAAGCAGAUAUUACCAAGCGCUGAGAGUUCGGCUGAUGCUGAUGCUUUGGGUGAUGACAUUGAUGUUGUUGUUGAUGACACUGAUAAUGGGGAGACAACUUCAUCUGCCGCAGAAGAGUUGAAGAAUGGUGUGAGAAGCCCCCUAACAACAGUUUCCGGCUCACCUGUUCCUACUAUCUGUAAUGGCCCAGAUGUACUAGUAGCAGCUGGUGAUGAGCAGAAGGCAUCUGAUGGAGCAGAAAACAACAGUGAUCAUGCUGACAAGACUGAAUCACCGAGUGAAGUGGCACCACAGUCUAGUGAAAUGACACGCAUUCAAGUAAAGGUGGAAGCCUGCAGUCCUGCUGCAAUCCCAAGUGCCCAGUCAUCUGACGACCUGCCUUCUGAUGAUCCAGAUGGCGAUUUUAGGGCCACGAAGAAUGACCAGCUUUCUACAGUAGCUUCCAAGAAAGCUGAUUUGCAACCUGAACACAUAAAUGGUUACAGCCCUCUGGCUGGCACAAGCCCUGCCAUGCUGUUGCAGCGACCUGCUAUUGUUGUUCAGCAAGCAUUCGAGUGUGGUAUGUGCGGCAUCCAAUUCAGCAGUGGCAAAACACUGAAAGCUCACCAAAUGUUCUACUGCUCUCGGCGAGGUGAGAAAGCUGCCUUUAUGCCAACUCGAUCACAGACUGAAGUUACCGAGGAUUGCCUGCCCCCUGUCUCACCUAGCCAACGUUCAUCACCACGAGAGAAUGGUGAAGGCGGAACAGAAACAUGUGCUGUCCCAGCCAAGCGUCCUCGCCGGGAAGAUGGAUUGUCACCCCCCAGCUCAGAUGCUUCUUCAACUACCAGCAAAUCUCCAAAGAGCAGUCGUACUUACCAGUGCAAGUACUGCUCUUAUGCUUAUGACCGGAAGGGGAGCCUCACACGCCACAUGCGGCUACAUGGUUCGCCUUCAUCGCCAACCAACACUGCUGACGCACCACCAGCAGCAGCUACAGAAGACAUCUCAAUUCCUCCAAGUGCGCGAUACUGUGCCAACUGUGACAUCCAGUUUUCUUCAUACAAAACAUUUACUGUACACAAGCAGUUCUAUUGUGGCACGCGCCAUGUACAGAAAGCCCCUGUGAGCAUUGCCCCUGCCCCACCCCCAGUGCCAACAGUGUCCAUAGCACCAGCUGCACCUGAGCAGGUUCUGCUUAACCAGCCAUUAUUUGCAGCAAUAUCCACUAACCCAUUAAUCCUUGUUCCAUGUUCUUACGUCCCUGGAAAUGGCCUCGUUCCCACAACUGGUGGAGUUUUGCGGCAAGAUGUAGCUCCAGCUGUGGCUCCAGCAAUUGUUUGCCCCCAAACUGUCACUGUAGCACCUGCAGCUUUGGUGACAUCUAGUGGCUUGGUAACCCCUGCAGCAUCCGCUUCUGCUGAGCCAUGUGAAACUAAGGAAAAUGGCACACAAGCAAAGGACCCAAGCACUGAAGGAACUGCUGCAAGUGCAGCUUCCAGCAGCAGCAAAGCUAAUUCACCAUGCAUCAAGCAAGAACACGUGACAGAGACGCCACUGGACCUAAGCCUUCGGAAGGAGGCCAAGGCUGCGCAGUCACCAAGGAACCCUUCUUCACCAGCUCCUGCUCAGAUAGAGGAGGCUUCAAACCCAUCUUCUGCUGUGGUCAGUGCUAUGGAUCCACUACUGACACUUGGGGAGCAGGUAGUUGUAAAGCAAGGAACCUCCCGCUGCCGUGAAUGCAACAUUGUGUUCUACAAACAUGAAAAUUAUUUAGCUCACAAGCGCCACUACUGUGCUUCAAGGCAGCAGAAAUUGGGACGACUCUCUUCACCGUCUGGGGAUGAAGGAUCUUCAUCAGAGCUUGCGUCUCGGUCACCGUCAGCCAACGCAAGUGUUUCACCAGUGCCCGCUAUUCCAGAUGUCUUUGGCCAAAGGAGUGCUGGAGUUCAGUCACCACCUCAACCACUCUACCAGUUUUACUGCCUUGCAUGUGGUAUAAAGUUCACUUCACUUAGCAACCUUCAAGCUCACCAGACCUACUACUGUCCAAAGAGAGACGUGCUGAAAGGCCAAGUGGGUGUUGCAGCUGUCAAAAGGCCUACAGAGUUUUCGUGUGCACGAUGUAGACUAUCUUAUCCAACAGAAGAAGCCCUCAAGCAGCACCUUUGCUCUGCUGCUCUGCGCAAAUGUCCCUAUUGUGAUGUCUUCUGUCCAACGCAAAUUGCUGCACAGCGUCACCUUGUGACCCACACAGGUGUGAGGGCAUUUCGAUGUGCAGAAUGUGGUUACAAAGGCCAUACACUUCGUGGAAUGCGCACUCAUGUUCGUAUGCACCUGGAAAAAGGAACGCAAAUGCAAGAAGAGGCUCUCAUUCUUUGUGUUGGUGCAGAUGGGAACACACUUUGUCCUUGGAAUGGCACUGCUGGAGUGCCUGCAGCAGUGACUCCUGCCCUUCCUCAUACAAGUGAAACAACAGAAGAAGCUUCUGCCCGCUCUGGUAGCCCUCCUACUGCUACUACUGUGACAGAAGAGUCGAGCUCAACUUCAAGAGCAUGUGAGGAACAUCAUCCCGCUCCGACAGAGCUUCUUCACUGGUGCAAUCUGUGUGGCUACUCCUCCUCUUACAAGGGCAAUGUGGUGCGCCAUGUCAAGCUGGUACAUCGUGAUGUAGUUGCCACCUCAGCAGUUCAUUCCUUCACAAGUGAGAAGCCUCGUUCCUCAACAAAUGAGGGACAUUAUUCUCCUGUGCCAGAGAUCAAGGUGGAAGAAGUUUCGGAUGCAGAAGAUGUUGCCACAGAAAGUGUAGCCAAACAACAGUCAGACGUCGCAAUGUGUAACUCGCCGGCUGCUGCUGAGGCUACAUUGGUGGACGUUAUUGCGACUAACUCAGCUGAGACUGAUGCUUCUGCUGCAAUGAAACCAGUGCCACCUGUGCCAACACCAAAGAGCAAAGUCCAUGGCGGAACUAAGUACUGUAAAGCAUGUGACAUAUCUUUCAACUAUCUGUCAACAUUUGUUGCACACAAGAAGUACUAUUGUACUGCCCAACCUCCGGACAGUGCAGACAGCUCGGGUGCCGCAACAGAAUUAGGAGAGUCAACACCAGGGACUGCUUAAAAGACUGGCCUCUUUUUUUUUCUGCCCUGUCCUCAUGGUGAAAGUUGGGAGCUUUUCUGUGUUGAAGAAAACACCAAGGACAGGUGUUGGUGCUUUGUUGUGCGUGUAAAGUGAACACAAAGCCUUCUGUUUAGCUAAACAGCUCGGCAGGUGGGAUGGUGUCAUCAUUUAUGAAAAGGUGUACAUUGGCUUACUCAAGUAAGUCGAACUCUGCAAUGUAGCAUUGACUGAAAUGCUUUUUCAUGGCUUGUGUUGUAUUAUGUUUGCAAAAGAAAACUUUAGGGUAGGAGUUGUACUGAACUAGCAUUUAGCAUGGGGUAAGAUUUAUGGCACCAGUGUUCACAAAAGAUGCAAACAUAGUGAAAGCCAGAGCAAUGACCAUGGCACAUCUCAUAAUAGCACAACUGCGUGUCCUUCAUGAAGCUUUUGUCUUUGCACACUGGCAUUUAUGGACACAUGAUCAUAAUCAGCAACUUGUCAAGCAAUUUGAGAGGCUACCAAAGUGUUUGCUGGGAGGCUCACUUACUUCCCUCUACCUGAAACAGCAGAAUUUAAACUGCUACACUAGGUAAAUAUUACUACUACAGUGCACUCCCAGCUGCCCCACCGACAGUUUGAAGCUUCUUGUGUAUAUGUGUCCAUCUUAAUGACAGUAUUGCAGAUGACUUGCAAGCUCACUGUCAACUAUGGGCACUGGUGUCAGCGACAUUUAUACAUGAUUGCCGUUGAAGUAAAGCAUGUCUGACUAUUAUGCUUCAUCAGCAUAAAUUUUUUUCCUCACCGUUUAGUAACCCUUUGCGGUCAUAAGCAUUUACCCACUUCGCAGUUGUUCCAGUCAGGAACUGUUUUGCACAUUUUGGGUGCUGUACAGAAAGAGCACUCAUGUGAACAAACAUGUAGUAAGUGAUUUAUUUUCCAAACUUUUCUUUAUUUCUGAGGCUCCUGUACAGUGUACAGUCUCCAGCCAGCAUGACAUUGUGGGAGAUCACCACAGGAAUAAUUUUCUCUAGGUUUCAUUGUCACUUUCUUCUUCAGUGCUCUCAUUCGAGCAAGAUUGCUGGUCAUCUGGAGGUGGAACAUAUUCUUUCUGAGCACUUUUAGAUUCACUAAACUCACGUGAGUUCUUUAUGUAUGCGGAGAAAACGUUAGCAUCCUCGCGGUGCUUCAUGUAAUGAGAAGUGUGCAUGAAUUUCUUCAAGUGGGCUGCUAAAAAAUGUUGCCCUUGUACGCAUGUGUUGUGAAGUGCAAUACAAUAAUUGAAAAAGUUUCCUAAAGGUGCUGCAACAAAAACAAAAAAUAAAACCAGCACAUGUUAGUGCGCGUGCAUUGGGUGCUUCCCGACAUGUGACGAGAACAGAUAUUUUUGCAUGUUGGGAGAGACCUGAUACAUGACCGCAAAGGGUUAAUUAUUGGCUGUCACAUAUGAGUAGAGUUCUAUGGAUUACUAUUUUAACACGCAUACAGUGCAUGGGCCUGGGCCCAGUCUGAAUGUGAGAAACAUUGUUCAUACCUUCUCAUAACAGUGACAUAAGUAACAAAAUAUUGGCUGCAAAGAGAAGGCUGUUUUUCAUGCAACUUACGAACAAGGGCACCAAGGGCUGAACGAAUUCAUCUGCCAGUUCCAGCCCUAUUGUUGUAUGAAGGUAACACUGAGUUAGCUGGAGAAAGAAAGCACUUGUUCCAGGUCAACACCUGAAUGAGGCAGUGUCAACAUGAGUGCACCGACGAUGUAAUGUGGCAUAUCUUAUGUACAUAGUAUACAUACUUGUAUAUCAGUGUAUCUGUGUUAGCACAUUUGCAUGUAACCUUUUUGUGUAUGCAUAGCAAGAACUAUUGUAAGCUGUCCACUGUUUAUUGAAGUAUUCCACUGUUUUGUGCAUUUUGAGUGUGAGUACUGCUAAGCAGCACUAAAGUGCUUACACUGUGACUAUUUGUUACCUUUAAUGAAAAUGCAUGUAUGGAAGCAUCUUUCUUGGUCACUGUGCAGUUUUUAUUGUGGAAAAAGCAAAGGCAGGGGGCAAAAUCAUGGGCAAAUUUGUGACAUCCAGCUAAAAAAAAAGAAGAGAUUGAAUGUGUGGCCCUAAUUUUGUUGGCUAUAUACUGCUUACGCAGUUUUGUGUGGUCAUUUGUUAUAAUUUGCACAAUUAUAAUGCAUGAAAAAAGACUUGCUUAUGAAGCCAGAAGGUGUGCUGCAUUCCAGUCAAGUCCAUAUAAGUUCUGCAUUUGAACCGAUCUAGUGGGUUAAGAGAACCCCUUAGGUGCAGCAGUUGCCCAGCCUAUCUACAUCAAUACUUAUCCUUUUAAUAUAUCUAGGCAAACAUUAUUUGCAUUAACAGUUCUAAGCAGUGGAGGCAGAAAAAAACAAAGAAAAGCCACAUAUUGCACCAGGAAGCAUUUAUUUGAAAUUAAUUGGCAACAUACUUCUCGAAGUUGUUUUGUUUAUGUUGCUAAUUAAGAAUGGCAUUGUACUUGGAGUUGAGUGCUAGAUUUUAUGUGCAUUGCAUAACCUUUGGAGGUCACCUAUCACAACUUUUCUUUUGGUUCAUUUCGUGCAUUAUUAUUCGGCGAUGAAAAGUUAUGUCACAUUUGUAUGCACAAAUACAGUGGUGGCAUGCAACAAGUGUUGCCUGUGAUAGUAGGAUGAACACCAGUUAAGAGUGUCAUUAGGUGUACGCUUCCUCAAAACUUCUUAAUGACUGAAAAUAAAGAGCAAGGACAGGUUACAGAAGGUGCUCAAGCUUGAGGCAGAAACAUUUUCUUUGCUGUUGGAAUGUAAUGUACUGCCUAAGUUUCUUGAUAAUUUGCUUUGCCUUGGUGGGAGCUUUUGAAAUUCUGAUACAUAAAGUAAAGCAUGCAGAUUCACCAUAAUGGUGAAACAUUUGUAAGAGCUAGAUGUAUGGUCGUAAUGACAGUUCGGGGACUGCUUGCAUUUCCAUGCUUCAAUGUCAUUGCGGUGGCAUUGCCUACAUCUUUUCUCUAUUGUCUUGUAUUUUAAUUGGCAGCAUGCAUUGCGAAUGUGCAAUCCAUAGAAAACAAUCUUGCAAUUGGUUUUUGUAUCACCCUUACUGCAGUGUAAAUGUUUGGAAUAGGGUACAUGCAUCUGUUGUUACAUCCUAAUGCUGCAUAUUAGUUCCCCUGAAUACACAACACAACUGAUUCAAUAUGAGGCGCUCAAGUUCUUUGUCAGGUGAUGCAUGACACGAGGCUAUUGUGCAACGGUGAGCCCUUCGUGUUAUUGUGAACAGUGCAGAAAAGAUAGUUCUAACACACAAGUGUGACAUAAUCUUUGAUCGCCUUCUCACAGCUUUUAUUGCACAGUGCCAUUGCAUUUACAUUCAAUGUCUUUUCUGCCUCACCUUUGCCUAUUGCAGAUGUGCAUUAGUGGAAAUGUGUACCUACUGAAUUUUCAUGCAUGUGAAGCAACUUUCUCCAUCUGGCUGAUGCAUUCUUUAGGCAUGAUAUGCAGUGCUUGCUUACAAGCGGCCAGUUGAGUUACUCUGAUUGGAUUUAGUUUGAUCGAACUAAUUUCACUUAUGCGCAAAUUUGUGCUUACAGUCAGUUAUGCAACUACUAAUUUUGUCUUGUGUAACUGCUGCUGCUCUUGCACAUACAUAUUUUCUAUGCAUUUUGUUAUACCUACUCAUUACAUGAUGUAGUAUUGAUAUAUUAAGAGAGGAAGGGGGAAGAAUCAGGAAGAAGUAACUCUACUUUUCAAUGCAUGUAAUUGGAUGCAUUUCUUGAAAACUGACUGCUUAUUGAAGUAUAACUUAAAUCCAUUAGCAGUAAAAGUCACUUUAAGAAGGCAGCUUUCACAAAGCAAACAUGUCGCUAGCAUUGUGGAAACUACUACUAUAAAAUAAGUCACCAUCAGGAUGGUAAGUGCUGUCACCCUUGUCAAGCAUAGUACGCUGGCUGCAUGCACCUGUUAUCUAAUCUGUCCUGUACAAAAGCCUAACACUUAAUGAAGUUGGUUGCUACGUCUGGCGUGGAAUGUUGUCACUAAGUGAUCAAAUGCGCUCGCUGAGCAUGCAUGCAUAAUAUGACAUGAUACAACAGCUUCCUCAUUCCAUGGCAGAGUGUUUGCAAAAUGGGCUCUGCAGUAUGUCCACAUGUCCAAACUUCGUGCAUGUCCUAGAUCAAGCUGCAUCAAAAAGCACAGACCACCAACAUGCUGUGUUGCACAUUAUCUAUUCCACUCGACCUCGGCUGUGGCUAGCGGCCACCAUAUAUACAGAUAGGCCAUUGCGGUAAUGGGCAAAGCAAACAUAGCAGCUCACUUGGUAGUCACCAGUUAGGUUACCCAAGUAUUGUUGGGUCUUGCCGACUUGCAACAGUGGGCUUGUUAGGUGUGCAUCAGAUCAGAAAGGACAGGCUGGGACUGAAAGUUGCCUCGCUUCUAAUGGCAAGUGGUGUUGCCGUGUACUGCAUGCUCUGUGCAAGUUCUAGGUUGCAAUGCUUCCUUUUAGUAUUGAUCUUGGCAGCA